CCUAAAGCAUUAGAGAUGGAAAAUUGAUGGUUCUCGCAUUUGUUUCCCUUUAUUGAAAAUAUUUUCAAAAGGGAAACCUCUGUGAUAGCGGAUUAAAAACGUUGUUUUUUAACAAGACUGAGAAGAUGGCCCGCUCGAUGCUCUCUUUCAUAUUUCUUCUUUUUUCGUUUGGAGGCUGGUUCUACACCUCAAUAGCUGCAAGCCAUGAUAGCUGUCGGCGUCUAAAGUUCUUGCAACAGAAAGAUGGAUCUGGAUUGGUAGGCCACGUCAUUCAAAACAUUUCAUUACCAAUCGGAAUGCAUAUCUAUAGUCACUGCAGAAACUGGUGUACAAUGGAAGACAGGUGUAGAUCGAUCAACAUGGGACCCUCAGGAGAAAAUGAUAACGUUUUAUGUCAAUUGAGUGACUCGGAUCACUUACAACACCCAAAUGAUCUGAAACCUAUGGCAGGCUUUAUGUAUAGGGGUACGGAGAACAAGUGUUGUUUAAACAUGUGCUACAACGAUGCAACUUGCCUGGUUGUAUUUACGGAUGAGGGAUACAAGUGUGUUUGUCCACCUGGUUACACGGGAGACCACUGUGAAAAAGAUGUAGACGAGUGUACCACCAAUACGCACUACUGUGAUAUCAAUGCUGAGUGCAACAAUACCGAAGGUUCUUUUAACUGCAACUGCAAGGUUGGAUUCAAAGGCGAUGGCAAAAAAUGCACGGAUUUAAACGAAUGUUCCACCGAUGCUCACAACUGUGGUGUCCAUGCUCACUGCAACGAUACCGAGGGUUCCUUCAACUGCAGCUGCAAAGAAGGGUUUAAUGGCGAUGGCAAGAACUGUACAGCAUUCAAGGCCGUUUUUACAAACCUCAAUGCCAGUGGGAGAUUUGGUCCAACAAGGCUGGGCAGUCACUACACAGGACAGGAUCAUGAUGGACAAGUUACUCUGUCCAUUGGUAUUCAAAACUGGACUGUGCCGCACACUGGUGACUACAGAAUAGAAGCAAUAGGAGCAGCAGGGGGGUACGAUGUACACGCUAACAGCACUCAGCACGUGCACCAGGGAAGAGGAGCAAGAAUGAUUGGAACAUUCAGUUUAGACAAGGGUGGAGUCAUUCAGAUACUUGUCGGUCAAGAAGGAGGAAUAAACAAAGGGUAUCGCAGUUCUGGAGGUGGUGGAGGUACUUUCGUGGUGAGAGGAGCCAACACACCUUUGAUAGUAGCUGGAGGCGGAGGAGGGGUAAGUGCAGUUUGGUCAAGACAUGAAGGAUGUGACGCCAGCACAAACACAGCAGGGAAUCCAGGAUACAAAUCAUGGUCAGGGGGAAGCAAUGGACAUGGUGCACAGACUGCAGAUGAUCGUGCUUCAGUUGGUGGUGGUGGCGGAGGGUUUUACUCAAGUGGAAGAAGUGGAAAGAAUUUUAAUGGAAUCUACGGGUGGGGUGGGGAGGGUGGUAAGGGAUUUAUUCAGGGAGGGGUGGGCGGAAGAGCCAAGCGUAACAAUGUUGUUGGUGGGUUUGGUGGAGGUGGUGGAGCUGAGGGAUAUAGGGGAGGAGGAGGAGGAGGAGGGUACGCUGGGGGAGGCAGUGGAGCUGAUAUUCGUGAUUCCUGUGGGGGUGGGGGAGGCUCUUACAACGAUGGAGACAACCAGGAAAAUAAGUGUUGUUAUGACACCGCUCGUCAUGGUCAGGUAACUAUUACGUUCCUGCGGUAAAAAAAAA